CCCGGAUUGGUAGUGCGCCUGCGCAGUGCUGGGAGUCCUUGGCUGGUCGGCCUGCUGUAGGUGACUGAUCCUGCGACGGGACACACACUCACAACAUGCAGAGCUGGAACCAGUUAUAUCGCACUUUGGCGACGCGGGGCCACCACCUCCCCUGCAAGCUCCACGGUGCUUCAGUCGUGUCCGUCAGAACGUACGCUGACAAAGCAGCAAUCGAUGCCGACGUCACGGUGGUGGGCUCCGGGCCAGGCGGCUACGUCGCCGCCAUCAAAGCCGCCCAGCUCGGCUUUAAGACAGUGUGUGUUGAGAAGAACGCCACUCUGGGCGGGACGUGCCUGAAUGUCGGCUGCAUCCCGUCCAAGGCUCUGCUGAACAACUCCUACCUUUACCACAUGGCUCACGGCAAGGACUUCGAAAGCAGAGGCAUCGAAAUCUCUGGCAUCACGUUGAACUUGGAGAAGAUGAUGUCUCAGAAGAGCGGGGCGGUCAAAGCGCUGACCGGGGGAAUCGCACAUCUAUUCAAACAGAACAAGGUGACCCACGUGAACGGCUUUGGGAGGGUGACGGGGAAGAACCAGGUGACGGCCACGUCUGCCGACGGCAGCGAGCAGGUCAUCAACACCAAGAACAUCCUCAUCGCCACGGGCUCCGAGGUCACGCCCUUCCCCGGGAUCCAGAUUGAUGAGGAGACCGUCGUGUCGUCGACGGGCGCUCUGUCGCUGAAGAAGGUUCCCGAGGAGCUCAUCGUCAUCGGAGCCGGCGUCAUCGGAGUCGAGCUGGGCUCGGUGUGGCAGCGUCUGGGCUCCAAGGUCACGGCGGUGGAGUUCCUGGGUCACGUGGGCGGCAUGGGCAUCGACAUGGAGAUCUCCAAGAACUUCCAGCGCAUCCUGCAGAAGCAGGGCGUCAAGUUCAAGCUCAGCACCAAAGUCAUGGGCGCCACCAAGCGGCCCGACGGCAAGAUCGACGUGGCAGUGGAGGCGGCGGCCGGAGGGAAGGGCGAGACGCUGACGUGCGACGUGCUGCUGGUUUGUAUCGGCAGACGACCUUUCACCCAGAACCUGGGCCUGGAGACGGUGGGCAUCGAGCUGGACAACAGGGGGCGCAUCCCCAUCAACAACCGCUUCCAGACCAAAGUGCCCAGUAUCUAUGCGAUCGGGGACGUGGUCGCCGGCCCCAUGUUGGCCCACAAGGCCGAGGACGAGGGCAUCAUCUGUGUGGAGGGCAUGGCGGGCGGCGCCGUGCACAUCGACUACAACUGUGUCCCCUCGGUCAUCUACACACACCCCGAGGUGGCCUGGGUGGGCAAGACCGAGGAGCAGCUCAAAGAGGAGGGCGUCCCGUACAAGGUGGGCAAGUUCCCGUUCGCCGCCAACAGCCGAGCCAAGACCAACGCCGACACGGACGGCCUGGUGAAGAUCCUGAGCCACAAGGAGACGGACCGCAUGCUGGGCGCACACAUCCUGGGAUCUGGGGCAGGAGAGAUGAUCAACGAAGCAGCGCUGGCUAUGGAGUACGGAGCCUCCUGUGAGGACGUCGCCCGAGUCUGCCACGCCCAUCCUACGGUGUCCGAGGCGUUCAGAGAAGCCAACCUGGCCGCCUCCUUCGGCAAAGCCAUCAACUUCUGAGGGGCGGGGCGGCUGUGGCACGUCGGUGUACAUACCUGCCGAGUCCAGGACCCCCCCCCCCCCCCACCUCGCCCCCCCUCGCCCCGCGCCCCACCUGGACUCCUCUGUAUACUUUACACACCAACCUGUACCACAUCUAGUUCUUAUGUUAUUUAAAUGUUCUCAGUGAAUGAAUAAAAGGGGUUUGGGUGGUAAAUACUGACUUCAGAUCAGUGUUUUGUUGUGUCGCUGCGGUUCAGAUCCACAGGAGAACAGGAGGCCUCGCUCUCUCUCUGUAGCAGCUGCAAAGAGCCCUGACGGUAACACACCUUUAUAAAUAUAUAAUAUAUGAUAUGUUUAUAGUUGUAGGCUGGGUGGUGCAGCUUGUCUCGCUGAAGGGAGGAAGGUGUGUACAUUUCUUUCUUUUUUUUUUUUUUUUUUUUUUACAGUGUGAACAUCAGGGCUCAGCUCAGAAUCUUCUGGUUUGUGUGAAACGUGAUCAGAGAAGGGAAUUCCCACCAAUCAGCAGCCAGCACGGAGUUAAACUCAUGCAGGUUUUGGAGGCAAAUAAAGACGUUUUCCUUUGUUUUUGUUUUUUUAUUUUCUUUCCUUUUCUUUUUUCUGUUGGUUUCAAGCUGCUGGUGGCCGAUAUUUGGUGCUGAUUUUCAGCGUCGUUAAAUUAAACCGUUUCCAUGGCUAAAGUUUCAGCAGAUUGUGUUUCCUGUCAGAUGUUUUCCUCUUGGCAGAGUUACAGCCUCUGGAACAGCACUUAGUUUUUACUGGACAUCGAACCAGGAUAAAAAAAAAAAAAAAAAAAAAUAUGUUCAUACUUCCUCAUGUGGAAUCUGCUCAAGACGUCUCACCUGGUUCAGGGUUUGUAAUAUCGACCACAUCCUGUUUAUUAAGCGUCUCAGGUGUGGUCGCCUGGCAGGUGAGCGUCCCGGCUGGUGGCUUGUGGCUCGCGGGUUUGGAGGAUUCCUGCUCUGAUCACGUCUCUGUUUGUCUGCUCUGAUGCGUUCUUGCUUAUCAUCACUAAAACCAAUAAAUACAGUAACGGCUGAAAA